AACAGUGGCAGCUCUCCUCCUCAACAAACACCUCCACAUCAAUGGCAUGACCCGAGGGAGCGUCAAGAUCACCGACGACGCCCCCAGCAACGACCCCGCCAACACCAACCCCACCUUCAGGACCCCCAGCAAACCACCACCUCCCCCCCAGCAAGGGAAGAAGGACGCCGCCGUGUGUCCUGGAGGAGGACUCGUCUGUUGUGUCCACGGCAAGAGUAGGAUACCACAGCAAGUUGAGAAGGAGUCCUAUUACCCUGGGGAGAGUCUACCACUCCCACAACAAACGGGGAAAGACGUGUGUUGCUCUGGGGGUAUAUCCUGCCUCCACACCCACCCCAAACAAUCACCACAGCAAGUUGGUAAAGAUAUCUGUUUUGCUGCGGGUGUCUGCUGCGCCCAUAACAAAGUGAGCAGCAGACAGGCGGGGAAGGACGUUUGCUUCACCCGGGGAGUAGUCCACAGCAACGGAUUAACGACCACAGCCUUUGACGACCCAUCCUCACCUCCUCUUACCGAGUCGUCUGUCGUGGCGUCGCGGAUGGAUCUCCCGAACAGUGACGACUCUACGCCCACGCCGUCACCCGGUAGUACGCCCAAAUGUAGGCGUGGUGGGCUGGGUAUGAAGAGAAGGUUCCUCGGGGUGGGCGUGAGGAAGAGCUCCGCGGGGAUGGGUCCUGACGCCAUCAUGAACGUGGCGGCGUCUGGUGAGGUGAAGAAGAAGCAGGCGUCACUACACAAGAUGAAGAGGGAGAGGAAGGCGGCCAAGACCCUCGGAAUCAUCGUGUCAGUUUUCCUCCUGUGUUGGCUGCCGUUCUUCAGCUGGUACCUCGUGUCUGCUCUCUGCGGAGACGCCUGUGCAGUCCCGGAUACUCUCGUCACUAUUCUCUUCUGGAUAGGGUACUUCAACUCCACCCUUAACCCCAUCAUCUACGCUUAUUUCAACCGAGACUUCAGAAAGGCGUUCCGUAAGACAUUGGCUCACUACGGUCUUGACUGCUCCGGCUGCCGCAAGAAGUGUUCCCGGCUGUGUUGCUGUGGGCGUGGGCGGCGUCGGUUGGUGCGUUGCGUCGGCUUUCCAGGGACCCAUGAUACGCCGUCGUCUGAGGUGCAGCCGAGAUCCGCCCUCAGCUCCGAGUAUUGUCACAUAGAGAUGACUACAGUGGAUAAAGUAGCUAGGAUAGGCGUUGUGGAUCACUGAGAGGUGUGUGUGUGUGUGUGUGUGUGUGUGUGUGUGUGUGUGUGUGUGUGUGAACUAAUUAAUCUUCAUUGUAGUGAUUGGAUAUGGUGACAGUUUUCCCCCACCACUUUCAUAAAAUUCCCCACCAUAUGUGUAAGUUGGGGGAAAUUCCCCUACUUCAUAGGUAAUAAUUUUCCUCAUUAUAGGAAUGUGAGUUACUGAUACUUUCCCUGUCAUGUGUAAGUGGUUAAAUACAAUUCCCGAUGAGACAGGCAAAUUAGUUAAAAUUCCCCUGUCAUCGGGAAAAUAAGCAGUUAAAAAAAAUCCCUACCAGAAGAAUGUACAACACUAGAAUCCUCCCUACUAGAAAAAAAAUCCCACUAGAGACAUAUACUCCAAAUUUCCCUCACAAACUUCCCCACCACUGAGACAAAAUAUAAAAAAUCCCCACCAAAGGAAUAUUUAUAUUUGUAUAGUUAGAAGACUGUGAAUAAAUAAAAGAUAAAUCAAAAUACUGAAAUAACUUAGUGUUUAGUGAUGAAGAUAUGUGUGUGUGUGUGUGUGUGUGUGUGUGUGUGUGUGUGUGUGUUUAUGUGUGUGUGUGUGUGUGUUUGUUUUCUACUGUAACACAACCAACAGGGUGACCUGAUACCGUAUGUGCUAGUUCACAAGAGUAGAUCUAAGUAGAUUUAUAGGUA